AUGUUCACUAGCCGUAAUUCGAUAUCUGUUACGAGAGUGGAACUCGGGUCCGAACAGGAAGACGCUGUUGCUGCUUUCAUCAAUGAGGGAACAUCGUUACAAAAUGAAACAGAUGCGACAUUUGCAGCAACAGACAAAUCAGGUGCGAUACUUGGAGUUUGCAUCGCAAGGAUUGGGACUUCAUUUGUGACGCUCAAACCAUUCUUACGGGGAAAUGGGAAAAAUGAUGCGAUAGUUCUAAAGCUUCUCGUUAAAAAGGCUGUUAAAUGGGCACGUGAUGAGUAUCCUCAGCUUUUAUUCAUUACUGAGGUCGAACGAAAAGACAUCGACGAAUACGAACGGAUAGGGUUCUUGAAGGUGGAUCAUCCGGGCUCAUUCACCACUCGUCUUCUAUUUCCUCCACAUUAUUCUCAAAUUAAAGAACUUCUCGUGUAUUGCUGUACCAACGAUGACAAAUUCAUCCACGAUACGAUUAACCUUCUGGAGAAGAUUCUGGCCUUCAAAUUUGUACCCCUUGUUGUUCUACAUCACUUGCUGGAUGUGUAUAAACUCGGGAAUUCCAUAGUUGAAACCUUUGUGCGCGUUGCUUCGCACGUGCAACACGUUCAAGAGGUUAUCGAUGUUUCUGUGGAGCAAUCAAAAACGGUUAUAAAGGAGGAAUCUCUGCUCUUGGAUCACGCUUGGGAACGCCUUAACACCGGACAUUUCUCUGAAGUGGAUGAAUGUUGGAGGAGGUUAUAUGCUGCCGUUUCUUUGGUAAAAGCUGUCCGUCUCGCGUGUGCUGGCCAAUAUUUGCAUGCUAUUGCUGCCGUUGAUCUUGGUCUGCUCAUGGGAAACGGUAUCCCAGAUCAACUUCUCCAACGCUACGCACAGUUCUGUGAUCACUCUCUACCGCCACCUACUCCGAUAGAAGAAAAUAAGAUAUCGCUUUCUGUCCCUAAAAGACUGCCGAAUUCUGUUCAAAUACCUGUAUGCACUGAUUUAUCAAAAUGGGAAUUCGUCGAUCAAUACCUUGCUCGCUCGGAACCUGUUAUAGUAAAAGGACUCAAUAGUGAUUGGCCUGCAGUCAAGAACUGGAGCUUCGAAUAUUUGCAUCGAAUUCUGAGCCAUCGUGUGGUUCCUGUGGAACAGGGGUCCAAAUAUACUGAUGCGGAUUGGGCUCAAAAGUUAAUGACCGGUUCUGAAUUCUUCCAUACCUGCACGCUUCCGCUAGAUGAAAAAGGCCCUCUCUAUCUUGCUCAACAUCGUCUAUUCAAUCAAGUACCUCAGCUUUGUGAUGACUUCUCUCUUCCACUUUACUGUGACCAUUGCGAAUUCGAGGAUGUCGAUAAAAACUGCUGGAUAGGACCCGGAGGCACCGUCUCACCUCUGCAUACAGAUCCACGUGAGAAUCUUUUCUGCCAAAUAACCGGGCGAAAGUUUUUCCGAAUGGUUUCUUCGUCAGAAUCCGAUAAAGUCUAUGCGUUCAGGGAUGGUAUUAUUACAAAUACAAGUCAGGUUGAUGUGCUCAAUCCUGAUCUGGAGAAGUAUCCAGAAUUUGCCAAUGCAAAGUGUUGGGAUGGAGUUGUUGAAGACGGAGAUGUUUUGUUCAUUCCGAAAGGAUGGUGGCACUUAGUCACAUCGCUCACAAACUCUGUUUCAAUUUCAUUUUGGUUCGACAAAUGA